UAGUUACUAAUUAUUAUUAUCAUCCUCGAUUUCGUAAUGUCGAAUUCAAGCCAAACAAUGGAAAUUAGGGAUCCUGGUGAAAGAGAAGAGAAGCUGCCAGGGAUCUGGUUCGUCUCUUCUUCUUCAGGAGGCGGAGGCUUUGAGAUAUGUUCCGACGACGUUGACCGCCAUGAACCAGCAACGAUGAUGCUACCGUUGACUCCACCAUUGGCAACAAUGCCGGAAAAAUAUUAUAUGGAUGGUAGCGUAUCUGUUGGUAAGGAAGCAGCCGCCGCCAGGGUAGCAGCAGCCCGCAAGGCAGCAUUCUUCCAGGAAAGAGUUGCUAUGUUAGCAAGGAUAAGAGAACGUAGGGCUCAGGAGGCGGGACCUCGGAAACUCCCGGUGGUGCCGAGGCAUCGGCACUACAAAUCAGAAAAGCAGAGCAUUUCAAAUAUACCAACUUUCCCACUCAGGGAUCCUAUUUUAUGGAAAAAGUACUAUAAAUUUUACAGAAGAUGAUGAUAAAGUCACAAUCAAUGUGUCUGCAGGAGAAGGAGUACAGGUAUGCUGGGAGGGUUCACAAUGUGGGUUUUACCCCCAGGACUCUUUAUAAUAAGUAAGUAUUUUCUUUCUUUCACUGCAUAUCCACUUGAUGGUCCCAUCGUCGAGUAAACCUUUUACUGUCUGUUUGUUGUUUAUCAUAUGAAGAAGGGAAAAGAUGGUGAGAAUAAGGUGUUGUUUUGUGCAACCGCUGAUCAGGCCCGAUCAGGUUGGAAGGAGGAUGAGCUUUGCGGACUUUCUUGUUGUAAACCGUAUGUCAGUUACGGAAAUAGUAAAAUGUAUCGCCAAUAUGCUACUAAUGUCUGGAAGGAGGAACGGAAGAGGUGGAAGGAGGAAGAAGCAGCGUUACCCUCAAGAGGACGAACCUUUUAAUUGCAGGGGAGGGCAGCGUAAUCCUUUCUGAAAGUGUUAUAUUGAACUAGUAGUAUUUUGAGGCCUUGAGACUUGUGUAGAUUGUUAAUCGGAAUGACUGAAUGUUUGAGCUUUUUGUUGAACCAGUA